AUGGCGAGGGAGCCGGAGAAUCACGCUACCCUCUUGAACAUCGCUAGAUACAAGCAAGAAUUGGCUGCUAGAGAGGAACAAAAAGGAGAAGACGACGACAAAUUAAAAUGGCAACUAGUUGGUGGAUAUAAAGGCCGCCGGAUCAUAAAGAAUUUUAGAACGUCGCUCAAAGAGGAGACAAAGACCUUCGAGAUUAUCGUCGGAAUCAAGGGGCUCGACCUAAGGAAAGCUGAAGCCUCUGAGAUUUUUGCGUGCAUCAUGGCAGCGACCAACGUAUCGCCACGGGAAGCGCUCGGAGAAGACUAUGCUAUCAAGAACGUACGUAACAACACGGUCACCGUGCAUACAAACGAUCAGGAACGGGCGGGGAAGUACCUAGGAAUCAAGGGAUUUCGAUAUGAGGGUAACGAAUACGGAGCGCAUGGAUACACUGCAAACUCGGAAAACACUCUCCGAAUAGUUGUCGCCAAAGUGUUCAGUAGAGAACGACAAACCAAUAACCAAGAGAUUUUGGAAGAACUGCAGCGGAACAAUCCCAAAACAUCCAUAAUCAAUGCAAAGCGGAUGGGCCGAUCCGGGUUCAUCUUGAUUAGACUGGGCACGAAGGUUCUAUUGGGCAACAUCAAGAUCUUUGGAAGCAUCAACUGCUACCAUAUCUAUUUGGAGAAGAAGGCAUGCACCGCGUGCAGAAAAAUCGGACAUCGUGCAGAUAAUUGCUCCAAAGGUGUCAGCCGCAGAUGCCCAAACUGCGGCGAGGAACACGACUUCUCUCAACGGGUGCCUGGAGUGAGGACCGAUUACACGUGCACCCCCAAGUGCGUGAUAUGCAAUGGACACCACUACACUGCAAGCAACACCUGUCGGGAACGCUACAAGCCUUUCAGGGAGGACAGGCCCAAACCGAAGAAGUCUUUCGUGACAACCGAAGAUAGCACCACUACUUCUACCAGCGAAGAGGAAGAAACAAUGAGCUAGGCUCGAGCCGCACGAGGCAAAAAUACGAGGGAGCCGCAAGCCAAAGAUGCACCCAAAAAAUUUACCGAUUCGGCGCUUGAGAAAGCAAACAAGAAACUAACCGAAGAAUUGGCGUGCCUCAAGAAGAACUAUGAAACGGCCAUGCGUACAACCCAACAACUCCAACAGGAACAAAUGAAAAGCAGCGCUCCCACACCAACGAGUGUCGUCACUGGAAAUUAGAACAUGGAAACCGACAACGAACAUGGAAACCGACAACGGAAUGCCAGCACCUCCACGGCCGACCGAAGUCAGGAAAGGACGACUCUGAAAGCUCGAUCCAAACGAGCGCCAGCUGCUCAUCGGAGAGAACAUACAAGGCUAAACAAACCGAAGACUCGUCCCCUCAGAAAGCCGAAGCUGCGCUCAGCAGCAUAAUGGCAAGCCUUCAAAGACUGGAUGAACGUAUGAAGACGAACGAAGAGCGGAUGACGUGCAUUGAACAAGAAUCUGCGAGACUAAAUGCCAAUCAUGGAGGAUAGCAGUAAAGUGUGCGUGUGGCCGUGGAACAGUGGGGGUAUCAACACAAAGAUUGGCUCGCUCAAAAUGCUAAUCAUGGACACCGAUUCUCUGCCGGAUGUUUUGGCCGUACAAGAAUCGUGCCUCAAGUGUGCGAUACCGGGAUACAUAAGAUACAGAAUUAUGGGACAAACAGAAGGAAAAUUGGUACACACUUUCGUGAGGAGGGAUCUACCAGUCAAACAGCACGACAUAGAAUUAAAUGCCCAAGCCAAAUCGGUCACCGUAGAAAUUAUGCCCAAACGCAAGACACAGAAAAGCCUAAUCAUCUGCAACGUGUACUCCAAUCCAAAGGAUACUUCCUAUGCAGUCUCACAAAUUUUCAAGAAGAUAUGGAACGUUGCAAAAGAAAAUCCGGCGCUGACUCUGGGAGACUUUAACGCUCCACAUAUGUAUGGGGCUACGAAAGAGAUUCUGCGAAAGGAAAGCAAGUUGCACACCAGGCAGAAGCUCACGAAGCCUUGCUCCUAAACGACACUACAGAAUACACUGGGAUUGGAAACAGGACAUGAUGUCUCGUUUGACGAGUUCAAGAAGAGAAUAAUCGAGAAACCUAUUCUGGCGCACGUCUCGUUCCACGCAAGAACAGAAGUCCACAAUGAUGCCAGCAAAGAUGGGUUGGGAGCGAUCCUCUUACAAAAGCAAACGAACAAAGAGCUCCACCCAGUCGUCUACGCCAGUUGAUGAACAACCGACUACAAAGAGAGAUACCAUGCACUCACACGACCUGGAAACGUUGGCAGUUGUGUGGAAACUAGAAAGGUUCCCAACCUACCUUAUCGGACUCAACUUGGAAGUGGUGAAUGAUUGUAAUGCAGUGCAUGCAACAAUAAGCAAGAGAACUCUUCUGCCCCAAAUUGGCAGGUGGUGGCUUGGUCUCCAGGAGUUCACCUUUCAUAUCAAGUAAUGGAAGGGCACAACGAUGGCGGACGUCGAUGCGUUAGGUCGUUCUCCUUAUGCCCCUUCCGAAGAGAUGGAAGUUGUCAGUGGUCUGCAGAUCCUCGCUACUAACGUCAAGAAUGAUCCCAAGAACAUGGCUCGGAAGGAGAGACUUGAGCGAAAGCAACACCUCUCUAAAGAAGAGUGUCGCGCUCAAAGCAAAUACUAGUUGCACAACCGAAAGGUGUCCAAGAAGUUUCAAGGCAAUGACUCUGUGGAAAAACUUCUGUGGGUCGCUCCGAGCGAGGCACGUUGGAGGGUGGUAAAGUUGUGCCACGAUGACAGUGGGCACUUCGCCGUGGACAAGACCCUGGCAAAACUCAGGGAAACGUACUGGUUCCCAGGCAUAAAACGCUACGUGAGAAGAUACAUCGCUGCCUCCAUCGAGUGCCUCUUUCACAAGACGCCAUAUGGAAAGAAACCGGCAAAGUUGCACAGCAUCGAGAAGGUAGCGAAACCCUUUCACACCGUCGACAUUGACCA